UCAGAUGGCGUUGCCCUCCACCUGAGCGCCGUGAGCUACAGCCAACAUGGCGGAGUUUCGGUAGCUCUGUGGUGACCAUCUCAGCUUCUCGUUUAACGUCAGCAGUCAAGGACUAAUGAGCAAAUACGUCGUAUUCAGAUCUUAUUCUCUAUUGUACAAAUAAACGAGUCGUUUGUUUAAAGAGUUGUACGAGCCAUACUUCCAACAUUUACGUUAUUGGCACAGAAUCUCCAACGUCGUUGACAGACCUUAGCUCGUUGACAGGGGGAGUAGCCUAUUUCGCAAGUGGAUCGCGAUUCUAGGUUGCGGUUUCGGAGGAUCAUUUUGAAAUAAUGUUUCUAAGGUAAUCCUUGGGGUGCCCUCUCCUCACAUUUAUCUUCUCCACCUCCCUCCCAUCGCUGCGGCAACAGCAACCGUGAUGUCAUCCGCCUCAGCCGUACCCCCUCCGCCCGGUUCCGGGGUGGCCCCCCCUCUGGACACUCUGUCAGUGUCGUCGCUGCUGUCGGACGACCUGGAGGGGGAAGGGGAGGGGGCGGAGGAGGGGGAGCUGGGUGACCUGGAAGUGAACCCGUACGAUGGGCUGCCCUUCUCCUCGCGCUACUACAGCCUGCUGGAGCAGCGACGCCACCUGCCUGUCUGGAGUCUGAAGUACAGCCUGCUUGAGCACCUGGAGGAGCACAGCAUGGUAGUCCUGAGCGCACCCAGUGGCUCUGGCAAGAGCACCCAGGUCCCCCAGUGGGGUGUGGAGUACGCUCUCUCUCAGCAGUUUGCUGAUGGGCUGGUGUGUUGCUGCCAGCCAUACGCGGCGGCUGCCUGCAGUUUGGCCCUGCGGGUGGCCGAUGAGAUGGACCUGAGCCUGGGCCUGGAGGUGGGCUACAGAGUGCCCCACGACGACGGCUGCACCCCAGACACACUGCUCAGGUUUGAGACGGACGACCUGCUGCUGGGCGACAUGAUGUCAGACCCUCUGCUGCGUCAGUACGGCGUGCUGGUUCUGGACGAGGUGCAGGAGCGGACGCUGGCCACCGACGUGCUGCUGGGGCUGCUGCGUGACGUGUGUCGCCAGCGCGAGGAGCUCCGCGUAGUCGUGCUCUCCCACCCCAAGGCCGCCCCCGCCAUCGCAGCCUUCCUCGGGGAGAACGUGCCCCUCCUCGCCCUCCCGCCCCCUGAGGACCCCCCCAGCCUGGAGACCGUGUACCGCGACCCCCCCGCGGGAAGAGAGCCGGCGGCGGUCUCCUGCCAUAUGGUGCUGGAUCUGCACCGCCGGGGGGAGGAAGGAGACAUCAUCGUGUUCCUCCCCAGUGCACAGGACAUAGAGGAGUGCGCCGCCCUGCUGGAGAAGGAGUGUGUUGCGCUCAGCCCUCAGCUAGGGUCCCUACGGGUGCAGCCGCUGCACGCGAGGCUGGGAGGGGCCACGCAGCACGUGUACGACAGUGAGGCCGAGGUGCAGGAGGGGAACGCGGAGGGCCUGGAGGGGGGGUCAGAGCUGGAGGUGGCGGGCCCCACCCUCAGACGCAGGGUCAUCCUCACAGACGCCCUGGGGGAGGCGUCGUUCUCUAUGCCCGGUGUGCGCUACGUCAUCGACACGGGCCUCCUGCUCAAGACUGUGUACAGCCCACAAAUCAGAGCAGACUCGCAGAUCCUUCGGCCAAUCAGCAAGCACCAGGCUGACAUGCGCACUGAGCGAAUCAACAGCAGUCUUCCUGGUUUGUGCAUCCGUAUGUACCCCCAGUCGCUGUAUGAGGAGGGCAUGCCUGCGUCGCGCUGCCCCAGCGUGGUGGAGGACAACCUGAGCCACCUGGUGCUGCUGCUCAAGCGCCUGGACAUCGCUGACAUGGGCCAGUGCAAGUUCCUGGACCGGCCAGCUCCUGAGGCGCUGAUGCAGGCUCUGGAGGACCUGGAUUACCUUGCAGCUCUAGACGAUGACGGGAACCUAUCCGAGGUGGGCAUCAUCAUGUCCGAGCUGCCCCUGGAGCCCUCGCUGGCCAAGGCGCUCAUCGCGGCCUGCGAGUUCGACUGCGUGAGCGAGCUGCUCACCAUCGCCGCCAUGCUAACAGCUCCUCCAUGUUUCCUGACGCCUCCACCCAAUAAGGAGGAGGCGGCAGCCACACAUAGACGAACUCUACUGCAUCCAGAGGGAGACCAUCUCACCCUCAUCAACGUCUACAACGCUUACAUCCAGCACAAUGAAGAUGAAGCCUGGUGUGCCACUAACUACAUCAACGCCUCUGCACUACAAUUGGCUGUGGUCAUCAGGGCGGAGCUACUUGAGGUGAUGCAGCGAAUCGAGUUGCCCGUCUCUCCCCCUGCGUUUGGUUGUCAGGACAACAGCACCAACAUCAAACGAGCCCUCAUCUCAGGCUUCUUCCUCAAGGUGGCUCAUGAUGUUGACGGCUCAGGUAACUAUCUGCUGUUGACGCACCGGCACGUUGCUCAUCUGCAUCCGUUCUCCUCGUACCGCUGCCGCCGGCCGCAGCCCAGCCCGCCCACCUGGGUGCUGUACCACGACUUCACGAUCUCCCAUGACAACUGCAUCUGCACCGUCUCCGAGAUACACCCCCACAUGCUGGUAGAACUGGCACCUACGUAUUACCUGGGUAACCUGCCAUCCAGCGAGGGCAGAGACUUCCUUAUGGAGCUACGGCAGAGCCUCCUGCCUCCAGACGACCCGGACGAGGGGGGCACAGAAGGGGCAAAGUGUCGGGACGAGGUGGCGUCGGACUCACGGAAUCAGGACAGCACAGAGAUGUGCCUGCUUCAGUGACGGCCCAGUAGAACCCCACUCUGGACCUGCAAUGCACUCUGGGAUAUCAGGACCUUCCCAGUCACACCAGUGUAGAUGCUUCACAGCUGAAGACUGUGAGGAAGGACAUCAUUUUAAAACCGAAGUUUACAGAAAGAUUAAAGACAAAAGCAAAACAAAAAGGGGAGAAUGGGGGUCGAUGUGGGAGAUUUUUUUUUAAUAUUAAAACAUCCUGAACUUCUAGAGACUUUUUGGUGUCCAAGACACAUGAGGGUCAAGCCAUAGUGUACGGUUCCAUAGAAAUGCGUAACUAUGCAGUGUGUCACACUGUUCUUAGAUCAUCUACAUGCCUUUUUUCCCACAAUGAGCGUCACCAAGUCCCUUUGUGGAGACAGGGGAUUGACAUUUAUCUGAUAACGGAGCCACCACAAAGCUGAAGCCCUUUACAUCUAAUGUAUGUGUUAGCCAGAGGUGCCACUCCUGUUGGUCUCGGGGUGGGUUGGACAGGUCCGUUUGGUGGGGGUGGGGGUCUGGUUUCUGAGAGCAUUUCCCUAUUGAUUUUGCCCAGGCUGGAGGGCAGGUUUGACUUCCUGUGGACUGGUGCAGUCUGGAGAUGUUGGGAGUCGAGUUUCACCGUGUGCUUCUGAAGGCCCAACACAGGCCAGUUUUUCAAAGCAUUUCCACUGGUAAUCGAAUAUCCUUUUUCACAACCCAGCAUCAUAGCUAGCUCAACACUUUCAAAAAUGUUGUGAUGUUGAUGUAAAUAUCACAAGAUCAGAAUUGCAAUAUCAGCUUUGUCAGACUUUAAAAUGUGUGCAGCCAUCUGCAGGGCACAUACAGUCACAUCAUGUUGGUGCGAGGGAAGAGAGAAAACUGGUGACCAGCCCAUAAGAGCAAAGGCACUUCUUUUCACCCUGGUUGUACAGUAUAACUCACCACUGACAUUCCCCACAAAUCAUUUGAUAUUUGCAGAGUGAAAAUGAGAUUAUGGACGUCAUCUGGGUGUUUUAAAUCAUGUUAAUGGACUGCCGGUUGAUGCCCUGUAUCAUUUCAGGUUAUUUCUGUACGCUAUUUGAGUCUUUGCCUGACCUUUUGAUCUGUGCACUGGUCUUGGUGAAAGUCUAGGAGAAGUAUUAAAUCAAUCAGGAUGUCUGACUUUUACAUUUAAGUACAUUUAAGAUUGACUAAAUGUAGAAUUGGAUUACAAAAUCCAACCCGUCUGAACAUUCAAGCUCAAAAAUAUUUUCACAUGUCCUAUCCAAUCUUAUAUUCCAUAUUACGCAUACUGAGAUUUUUGAAAAACUGGCCUUAUGGUUGUGCAGGGGAUUCUCCUGUUGCUUCGAGCUUCCAUUUCGCUGAGUCUUGAAAGCAAUUUUUAUGAUGUUCUAUUGAAUUCAGUUUGGUUUGUACUGUUGUUUGUAUUUUUGCCUCAAAUGUGCUCUAUUGUUUUAAAACCCUGAUAUUUUUGUGUGUGAAUUAUGGCAAUCAAAAUAUAUAUAUAUAUUGCAGUUGUUAACUUGUGGGUGGGGGGAAGAAUAAAAACCUUGAAUCUG